AUGGCCUCAACAAAAUCCGAAAAUGUACCAUCGCCAGCGCAGGGCGUUGGUCCAUUCUAUAGAUCAGAGGGCGAAAAGCCUACCGCAACGGUCUCCAAGGAAGUCUCUUUCGAGAAUGUCCACGUGCUUCCACAGACUCCGCAGCUGAUCGCUCUUUUAACUAUGAUAAGAGACCAAAAUACCCCGCGCGCCGACUUCAUUUUCUACUCGAAUCGUAUCAUUCGUCUUUUGGUCGAAGAAGGACUCAACCAUCUUCCCGUCGUGGAACACACCGUAACCACACCAGUCGGACGGUCAUACCUGGGUGUCAAAUUCGAAGGAAAGAUAUGUGGUGUUUCUAUCAUGAGAGCCGGCGAGGCUAUGGAGCAGGGAUUGCGGGAUUGCUGUCGAUCCGUCCGUAUCGGCAAGAUUCUGAUCCAGAGAGAUGAAGAGACCUGCCAGCCGAAAUUGUUCUACGAUAAGCUCCCUGCAGAUAUUGCGCAGAGAUGGGUUCUCUUGCUCGACCCGAUGUUCGCUACAGGUGGUUCGGCCACUCUGGCCGUCGAGGUGCUCAAAUCAAGAGGAGUGCCGGAAGAGCGUAUCCUCUUUAUCAAUUUGAUUGCCAGCCCAAUGGGUGUGGCAGAUUUUGCUGAACGUUUCCCCAAAUUGAGAGUGGUGACAGCUUUCAUUGACCAGGGACUGGACGAGAAGAAAUAUAUCACUCCCGGACUCGGUGACUUUGGCGACCGAUAUUAUACCCUCUAG